UAAAAACUCAAAACAAAAUAAAAGAUAGAAGAGAAGGAAAAAAAAAAAAAAAAAGGGAAGAAAACUUAUAUAGAGAGAGUAAUGUGUAGAAAGAGGAGUUGUUGCAUUUCUUUGCUUUCUUUGUGUUCUUUCUUUCUUUCUUUCCUAUGAGUCUUCUCUUCUGGUCACUGCUGUCUGUUCUGCUGUUACUGCUGCCUUCAAAUCCUUAUCCUUCAGUCAUCUCUCCUUUUCCUUUUCCUUUUCUUUUAUCUCUCUCACUCGCUAAAGCCAAACUGACAGUUGGGCAUGUUAACAUAUACAAGUAUAUAUAAUACAUAUUGCCAACAAAAACCCAUUUCUCUCUCUUCCUCUCUCUCUCUCUCUCUCUACACAAGCCAGAACCUAUCAGCAAUGGCAGCAUCCAGUCCUACUUAGAGAAAUAAAGAUACAAACCCAACAAACAAGUAGUAGUUGUGGCUACUACAAGGAGUAGACAGCUUCUAUCUGACUCCGGUGCCUUUGCAGAUUGGGCUGGCUCGUCUUCUUCUUCGGCCAUCCGUGCCGCUGGCCCGGACGAUUUGUCUCUCGGCUUCAAUGCCGGCCCCACAGCAGCCGCCGCGGCUGCUACUGCUGCAGCUGGAGGCGGCCCCACCGGCCCUUCUUGGCCUAGUGCUGCUAGACCCAUUAACUAUGGUAUUCCUCCUGAGAUGGGUAUGUUUGUUGUGGCUCCUGCUGCUUCUUUUAAUCAUCACCACCAUCACCAACAACAUGAAUCAAAUAUUAAUCUUGCCAAUGAUCCCAUCAAUGGGUCAAAUGCUGCCGCAGCUGCUGCUGCUGCUACUGCCCUUGGUGUUGGAGUUGGUGUAGGGGUUAUUCCGCUUCUCACGGCGGGUCCAUGUCUCGGGUCGCAAAACAUGGAUGAUCAAGAUUUAUUGAGCAAUGGAAGGAAUAGGGUUAGUGGAAUUCAGUUUUGGCAAAACCAGCACAGCCAAUAUAAUAUUAAGAAAACUACUGGUUCUAUUCUUGAUCAUCAUAAUAAUUCUUCUUCACCGAAUCUACUUCAAACCGGUAAUAAUACAAACUCCGGUGGUGGUAUUGGAGGUAAUUCAACUUCAUCUGGAACAACAACGUGUCAAGAUUGUGGAAACCAGGCCAAGAAAGAUUGCACACAUAGAAGGUGUAGGACUUGUUGCAAGAGUCGGGGUUAUGAUUGUGCUACCCACGUGAAGAGCACGUGGGUGCCUGCUGCUCGGAGAAGAGAGCGCCAGUUAAUGGCAUCUGCAGCCGGUGGUGGUGGUGCUGUGUCAUCUGGCUCCACUUCUGGGAUAAAGAAACCUAGACUUAUAAAUUCACAGACUACCACUUCUCAUACUUCCACUUCUAAUACUACUCCACCAAGAAGCUUUGAUACUAGCUCUAGUCAUCAAGAUGCAAGUUUUAAAGAGGCACUACCAGGGCAAGUACGCGCACCGGCGGUUUUCAAGUGUGUUAGGGUGACAGCAGUCGAUGAUGGUGAAGAUGAAUAUGCAUAUCAGGCAGUGGUAAAAAUCGGUGGUCAUGUUUUUAAAGGUUUUUUAUAUGAUCAAGGAGUUGAAACAAGAGAUGGGUUUCCCAAUAUAUCUGAAUUGCAUUUGGGCGGCGGCGGCGGUGAUGGAGGAGGAAGGAAUGGAGCCUCUUCGUCAUCUCCCAUCCUUGACCCUACAGAUGUUUAUGGUGCAUCUGGUGGUGGACUGCUUGGAGGUUCAAGUUAUGGUGGGUCAACGAAACAAAUGGAGAUUCUAAUGGCAUCAGCUUUGAGAUUCUAGAGAAAAGAAACAGCAUGUCGUAGCCCUUCUUUUUGGUAUAUAUAUAUAUAUAUAUAUAUAUAUGCCAUAAGGGCUCAUUCUUUUCAACAAGAGUGUCCAUGGGUUUACAGUUAUGUUAGUUUCUUGAAACGAUCCAAGAAAUAGCUUAGUUAUGUUUUUAAUUAUCUUACACCAAAUCUCUAUUGGGCAAUAGCUUUUAAGACAUUUAUUAGUAUUUUAACUAAGGUCAAAACACUUCAUAGUUGUUUAUAGUGUUUAAUGAUGCAAUAUUAAUAGCAAAUUAUGAAACAUUAAUUCUUUUAA